AUGUCUCAGAUAACGCUCUGGCAGCACCCGCGUUUCCACGCGUACUUCCCGGCGGGCAACUCGUUUCCCUCGAUCCUCGGCGACAUGCUGUCCGAUGCCAUAGGAUGCAUCGGAUUCUCUUGGGCAGCCUCGCCGGCCUGCACCGAGCUGGAGACGAUAGUCCUCGACUGGCUGGGUAAGCCUGAUUUUUCCCAUCACUAUCACCAUCGUCAUGAAUUUUUAACCAAAGCAGCGCUGCAACGAGCGGGCUCGGCAUCGGAGUGCGUAUUGGUGUGCAUGUUGGCAGCCCGCGCGCAGGCCAUAGCCCGGCUGAAAGAGUCCCCAGCUCACGCGCACCUCGACGAGACGGCACUGCUGGGAAAACUCAUGGCCUACUGCAGCAGAGAGAGCCACAGCUGCGUCGAAAAAGACGCGAUGAUUUGCUUCGUGAAGCUCCGCAUCCUGGAACCCGAUGAACGGAGCGUCCUUCGUGGCGCUACUUUGCAACAGGCCAUCGAAGCUGACGUGACCGCGGGCUACGUUCCCUUCUUCGUGUCCACGACCCUGGGCACGACCGCCUGCUGCUCGUUCGACAACCUCCAGGAGAUCGGGCCGGUCUGCAAAAAGUACCCAGGGGUCUGGCUUCACGUGGACGCCGCCUACGCGGGGAACUCCUUCAUUUGUCCGGAGCUGAAGUACCUGAUGGCUGGGAUAGAGUACGCGGACUCGUUCAACACCAACACGAACAAGUUUUUGCUGACCAACUUCGAUUGCUCCUGUCUGUGGGUGCGCGACAGGUUCAAGUUGACCAGCGCUCUGGUCGUAGAUCCGCUAUACCUGCAGCACACGCACGCCGACACGGCUAUCGAUUACAGGCAUUGGAGUAUCCCCCUGAGUCGGCGAUUCCGGUCGCUCAAGUUGUGGUUUGUCAUGAGAAACUACGGCAUCUCGGGCUUACAGGCCUACAUUCGUAAUCACGUGCAGCUUGCCAAGCGUUUUGAGCUGUACAUCAGAAAGGACUCGAGGUUCGAGCUCUGCAACGAGGUGGUGUUAGGUUUGGUCUGUUUUCGGGCCAAGGGAUCCGACAAAUUGAAUCAAAAGCUUUUGAGUGCCAUCAACGAUUCCGGCAAAAUACACAUGGUCCCCGCUAAGGUCAAUCAAAAGUACACAAUACGUUUUGCCCUCGCCGCGCCAAAUGCAACGGCCGAAGAUGUCGACAUCGCGUGGAGCAUCAUAACAGACUUCCUGUCAGAAAUUUUGGAGUCCAAGGACGUUAUGGACGAGCUCGCGGACAUCCGGGAGAAGAAGAGGAAAGCGACCCUCGAGCAACGACGCUCGUACUUUGUUCGCAUGGUGUCCGAUCCCGCAAAUGACGAUGGUGAAAGAUUAAAUCACCACUUGGUCUAUUGGCUUCGUCCCGGAGCUGUUGGUAUGGAUUCAUCAGUGGCCAUGUAUAACAGCUCUUGCCUACACCCAGUUGGGGUACUCUGGUUUAUCUAG